UCGUAGUCCGUACUAGCCGCAGGCAGCCUCUCGUGGCGCCCGACGCUCUAUACCUGUUUAAAAAAAAAACGUUUUUCAACCUUUUCGUUGGCGCGAAAUAUCACGAUGUCGGCCACAGAGGAACUCAGUGGUAUUCUCUCGAGGCGACAGGAGAUCAAUGAUAAACUCGAAGAGGGUUUAGAGGUUAAACCGAAAUAUAAAUUCGUAAACGUUUAUACGGAAUUUCAUGAGUUCUCCAGGAAGGAAAUAAAACAAUACGAGCAGACCUUCAACAAAUUCGACGAAGGUCGCGAUGGUUACUUAGAUCUGACUGAAGUUAAGCGUAUGAUGGAGCGUUUAGGAGCCCCGCAGACGCAUCUCGGACUGAAGGCUAUGAUCUCAGAGGUCGACGAAGAUGGAGACAACAGAAUUAGCUUCCGGGAAUUUUUACUUAUAUACAGAAAAGCCCGAGCUGGAGAACUUGAAACUGAUUCCGGUCUAGACGCAUUCGCGCGGCUUACAGAAAUAAACGUGGACCAAGUCGGCGUAAAUGGCGCCAAGACCUUUUUCGAAGCUAAAAUAGAGGAACUGGCCAAAAGCAAUAAAUUCCAUAACGAGAUCAUUCAAGAACAAGAAGAAAAACGGAGGGAAGCCGAAGAGAAAGCCGUACGAAGGCAAAGAUUCAAAGAGAAGGCAGCUCUAUUUCAAUAAUUCAUAAUGAUAUUUAAUAGAUUAUCUAGUCUUAAGCUGUUACCAAGGCUUUAUUGUGAAAGGAAAA